AUGGUCUACGAAUUUUUUCCAAGUUUGUCACAAAAUCUUUCUCAUUUGCUUGAUGAAGCAGAUGAUUAUAAUACUAUUAUUACAGUCGGAGAAAAUCCGAAUACAAAAGAGUUUCGUGCACAUUCUAUUAUAUUAAGAGCUCGAUCACCUUACUUCAAAAGUGCUCUCUCUAAAAAUUGGGUUUCAGAAAAAAAUAAUAUGAUUAACUUUACUAAACCAAAUAUUUCUCCUACUGUCUUUGAAAUGAUUAUUAGAUAUAUGUACGGUGGAAUUCUUGACUUGAACAAACAAAAUGGCGCAGAUAUUCUCGAACUUCUUGUAGCAUCCGAUGAAUUGCUUAUUGAUGAAUUAAUUAUUUUUAUACAACAGUAUUUAAUUGAAAAGCAAGUUGACUGGUUGCAGCAAAACUUUUUAAAUGUUCUUCUCAUAGCAUAUCAAUCGGAAAGUUGUAAAAAGCUUCUAGAAUAUUGUUUAGAAAUUAUUUGUAAAAAUCCCGAAACUUUGUUUAACUCACCAAAUUUUCCAACGUUAGACAAAAGCAUUCUUCUCAGAUUAUUUGAGGAGGCUUUGCAAAUCGAAGAAGUUGAGUUGUGGAAUUAUCUUGUCAAAUGGGGAAUCGCUCAAACAUUGGAAUUGAAGGGAAAGAGGACGACUGAUUUAGAUAAUUGGAGUGAAUCGGAUUUCUUGGCUUUGAAAAAUACUUUGGAUCAAUUUAUCUCUCACAUACGAUUCUUUGAAAUUUCCUCAAUAGAUUUUCAUGAUAACGUCUGGCCUUUUAGGGAAGUGUUACCUAAGAAACUCUUUGAGAGCAUUAUUUCAUUUCAUAUGGCAAAUGUUCAACCGCAAGAUAUGUUGGCUCCUCGUUACAGUAAAAUUUCUGUUGAUUCAAAUAUCAUCAAGUCAAAACAUGCGACCAUCCUUACUAACUGGAUUCAAAGAAAAGAUGCUAAUGCAAGAAUUCCAAUUGAUAAUAAAUAUAAAUUUAAUCUUAUCUAUCGUGGAAGUAGAGACGGAUACGAUAACAACACUAUACGUAGUAAAUGUAGUGGACAUGGAGCGUGUAUUUUAGUUAUUAAAAUCAAAGAAAAUGAAACCAUAAUUGGUGGUUAUAAUCCUAUUGGCUGGAAUUUUAAUGGUCACAAUCCAAAUAAUUAUUCUCGUGAAUGGCGGGGAGCGCGUGGAGGACGUGGACGUGGAAGUUAUAGAGUUAAUAUUCGACAUGAAAAUUAUUGGGUUAAAAGUUCGGAAAGUUUUAUUUUUUCCUUAGGUGAUGGAAAAUCUUUGAAAAAUCCAAAGAUUAGUCGAGUUGUAAAUUCCAAUAAUGCAAUAUAUGAAUCGAGAUUUAAUAAUAUUGCAUUGAAUUUUGGUAAUAGUGAUUUAAUUAUUAAUGGUAAUGCUGGGACAUGCAUUCGACAAUAUUAUGAUAGCAGCAUUUUAGAUGCAAUUAAGUUUAACAUCGAUGAGAUGGAAAUGUUUUAUCAAGAUCAGACCGAUGGAUGGGUGGUUGCGAAAAAUGAUAACAAUGAUUCAUUUUGUGUUGUGUCUAACAAUGAUACAUGGAUUGCUCCGCAAAGUUCAUGGAAUACAUCUUAUUCUAGUUUCGGUUUGAGCGAUGCUUUAGGCAACGCCAACAACGUUUUAUGGCGGGGGGCUUUUGCUAGUACCUCUAACAGCGGUUUAUGGGACGCGCCCAACCCCAAUGAUUCAUGGGAUAAUCCCCCCAAUGCUAACAAUAGUUCAUGGGGAGAUGAAUCUAACGAUGACUCAUGGGGGGCUGAUCAUUCAAACUAA